UCCGUCACAUUUAUAUAUCAGUUUCUUGCAUUUUUAAUGGAAAAUGGCGCUCUGCCCUCAGUCAUCCGGAGUGUUUUGCCUGUUCUCUAUCCAAAUUAUCCUGAUCAUCUGCGUGUCCACGCCGGGGACAGCGGCUCUCAAAUUCCCCCAGCAUUACACGAUGGUCCACUGGGCUCGACGCAUCGAGAAGGAGCUGGAGAGGGUCCUGCCACUGGUCACUGGAGUGCAGCAGAUGAAAGGGAUUUACAGUGAGAAGAGGAGCCAGUAUGAAACGAAGCACAACCCACCCAGGGAGAUGGUGGAGCGGGUGGCACAGGACAUCGCCCGGCUGCUCAACAGCAAGCGCAAGGCCCUGGAGAAACUGGCACAAGAGGCGGAGCGACUGCAGAAGGAGCAUCCCUGGCAAGACGGCCUCAAAGACUCUGAUAUCACCUAUUAUGACUCCAAAGCAGAGGCUGAUAGCGUAAUGAAUGAUGAAGAUGGAGAGAAUCUGCUGGCAAACUCCAACUCACUGAAGUUAGACUUUGUGGAUGAUCCCAACUUCAAGAACAAGGUCAACUACUCCUACACAGCAGUGCAGAUCCCCACAGACAUCUACAAGGGCUCCCCCACCAUCCUGAACGAGCUGAACUGGACCCAGGCCCUGGAGCCCGUCUUCAUCAGUAACAGCCAGGAGGACCCCUCCCUGCGCUGGCAGGUUUUCGGCAGCGCCACUGGCGUCACCAGAUUCUACCCAGCCACCCCAUGGAGAGCACCAAAUAAGAUUGAUCUGUACGAUGUUCGCAGAAGACCAUGGUACAUCCAAGGAGCCUCCUCUCCCAAGGACAUGGUCAUCAUUGUCGAUGUGAGUGGCAGUGUGAGUGGCCUGACGCUAAAGCUGAUGAAGAUGUCUGUGGUGGAGAUGCUGGACACCCUGUCUGAUGACGACUACGUCAAUGUAGCACGGUUCAAUGAGAAAGCAGAGGCGGUGGUGCCCUGCUUCAGGUCCACCCUGGUGCAGGCCAACCAGCGCAACAAGAAGAUCUUCAAGCAGGCCAUCGCCCACAUGCAGGCCAAGGGCACCACGGUCUACAAGUCCGGCUUCCAGUUCGCCUUCGAGCUGCUCCUCAACGACACUGGCUCCCCCAGAGCCAACUGCAAUAAGAUGAUCAUGAUGUUCACGGACGGAGGUGAAGACCGAGCCCAGGAGGUCUUUGAGAAGUACAACUGGCCCAACAAAACGGUCAGAGUCUUUACCUUCUCCGUUGGCCAGCACAACUACGACGUCACCCCACUGCAGUGGAUUGCUUGUGCCAACAAAGGGUACUACUUUGAAAUUCCAUCCAUUGGGGCUAUCCGGAUCAACACACAGGAGUACCUGGAUGUUUUGAGUCGGCCCAUGGUCCUGGCAGGUACCCCAGCCAAACAGGUCCAGUGGACCAACGUCUACCAGGAUGCUCUGGGCCUGGGUCUGGUCAUCACUGGAACUGUGCCGGUCUUCAACCUCACUGCUGAUGGAUCGCCGCAGAAUCAGCUGAUCCUUGGAGUAAUGGGCGUGGACAUAACACUGAAUGAGAUCCAAGCACUCACACCUAGAUACAAGCUUGGGGCAAAUGGAUACACAUUUGCCAUAGACCCUAAUGGCUACGUGCUUUUGCAUCCUAACCUGCAGCCUAAGACCAUUAACUUCAGAGAACCCGUCACUCUAGACUUCCUGGAUGCCGAGCUUGAGGACAGCCAGAAAGAGGAGAUCCGUCGCAUGAUGAUUGAUGGUCGUGCUGGGAGGAAGAAGAUAAAGACGCUGAUUAAGUCGAUAGAUGAGCGGUACAUUGAUGAAGCCUGGAGAACUUACAUCUGGACCCCUGUGGAUGGAACAGAUUACAGUCUGGGGCUGGUUGUGCCCUUCUACAGCGAGAGCCACAUCCGGGCCAACCUGAGUGACCAGAUCCUUCAGGUCCAGUAUUUUGAGUCUCUGCUGCCCAACAGUUUUGAGUCGGAGGGCCAUGUGUUCAUUGCACCCAGGGAAUACUGCAAAGACUUGGAGCUUUCUAGCAACAACACAGAAUUCCUUCUGAACUUUAUCGCCCUGAUGGAGAAAGUCACUCCAGACUCCAAACAGUGUGAAAAUUUCCUUCUCCAUAACCUGAUACUGGACGCAGGAAUCAUUCGCCAGCUUGUGGAGAAAGUGUGGAAAAAUAAAGAUCUAAAAACAUAUGGCUUCCUAGCAGUCUUUGCCGCCACGGAUGGAGGGAUCACGAGAGUCUUUCCCAAUAAAGCUGCUGAAACCUGGGAGGAGGACCCAGAGCCUUUCAACGCCAGCUACUACCGCCGCAGCCUGGACAACAAGGGCUACAUCUUCCGAGCUCCUUACCGCACAGCCAACGACGAGUUCCUGGACCCGGAGAACGACACCAUCGGCAUCCUGGUCAGCACAGCGCUGGAGAUCCCUGUGGACGCCAAGAACUCCAAGACCAUCAAGCCCGCAGUGCUGGGCGUGAAGAUGGACCUGGAAGCCUGGACUGACAAGUUCAAGAUGCUCGCUACCAACCUCACAGGAACGUCUCGCCCCAACUACCCUUCGUGUGGAUCCAAUGGCUGUGAAAUGGACUGUGAGGCCAAUAGUGAGGACCUCCUAUGCUACCUGAUCGACGAUGGUGGAUUUCUGGUCAUGUCCAAUCAGAGAGAUCACUGGAAUAAGAUCGGCAUGUUCUUCAGUGACGUCGACUCCUACCUGAUGCACGCCUUGUACAACAACUCCUUCUACUACCGCAAGCAGUCCUACGACUACCAGUCUGUGUGCGCCCCGGUGCAAAACAGCAACACAGGGGCGGCCCCUCGUGGGGUGUUUGUGCCAACCAUCGCUGAUUUCCUCAACCUGGCCUGGUGGACAUCUGCAGCAGCGUGGUCUAUGCUGCAGCAGAUGCUGUAUGGGGUGGCCUACCGCAGCUGGUUUGUGACAGAUACGGUGGAUGCGGAUGGGAUGGAGUUCAGAGAAACCAGCUGUGUGAAGAUCCAGACUCAGUUCUAUUUCACCAAUGUCACCAGCUCUUACAACACCCUACAGGACUGCGGCAACUGCUCCCGGUUGUUUCAUGCUAAACGGAUAAACAACACCAACCUGCUGUUUGUGGUGGCUGAAGUCAUGCCCUGCAGCUCAUGCGAGAUUGAAAAGCUCUCUCAAGUGGAAGUCGACUUCAAAGAGGAGGAUCCAUGUGAUGUCCUCGCUACGGCGCGGUAUCGAAAAGGCCCCAACAGCUGUUACGACUACAACACGGCGGAGAACUCCUCAGACUGUGGCCGAGGUCACUCGUUCAGUCCCUCCAUCAGCACUCUUCUCUCGCUUCAGUUUCUCCUCCUCUCUAUAUGGGCCACUCCCCAGGUCCUGCCUCUAUCUCUUUAACUCAUCCCCUCUCUUCCUCCUCCUUUCCUCCUUCUCCUCCUUUAUCCCUUCUCUCCUGCAUCACCUAUACUCUUUUUUUGUCUCUCUCUCUCUUAUCUCUCCUUCUGCGCUCUAGUCAUAGAUUAUAAAGGGACUUCCUGUUGACCUAAUUGGAAGCCCAUCUCUGUGCUGCUGCUACGCCCACUUAGCUUCACAGGUUGUUGCCUAGUGACAGUCGCUGAGCUACGUGGUCUCCAGCCAAUCACCCUUCAGCUAUGGAAGGAGUUGCCGUCUUAUAGUGUUUCUCUGUGUAAAAUGUUGAUAUAGCAGUGGAAAGAAGUGGAAGAUGUUAGCCAGCCGCAGGGGGACAAAAUUGACACACGAACACUUUCAGUCGCCGGCCAGCUAAGAGAACGACAAUGGAAGACAGAUGUCUGCCGCCAAUGGAACACUGUGUUUUAGAUCAUAUGACUCUUGACCACAGAGGUCAAAGUUCAUCCCGCGUAUUCAUUGCCGAGCCGCAGAGGGCCAUCUGUGUUCUGCUGCUUUUGCCUAUCUAAUGAAACGGGCUAUGGAACACUCAGCCAUCCACAUGCAUUGACAAAAGGGAAGCUUAAAAAAAUUGUGAUGUUUUGUGUUUAAAACAGAUGGAAAAGAGAAAAACAUAUUGGUGUGAGUAUUCUAAGCGCAUCUCCAUACUUAACGGGAUAAAAGAAGAGUGUAGGUGUAAACAAAAAAAAACCAUCAUGUUUGUUCAUGCACUGUAUCUACUUCUUGCCAAAAUGAGAUAGACUUUUGUGGUGUGGUCUUAUUUUUCUAGCCAAAUUAGAUGGAGAUAAAAAAAAAAUGAAAAUGAUAGAAGGACUCAUUGGAGGGAAAACAGAAAAAAGAUGGGGAAAAUAAAUUGAAGGCAUUUCUGAAGCAUCUGAGGAAUACAGCCUCGUUCUUCUGUCUGGGAUCUUGGAUCACGAUGGCAACUUAGCCAGCACUGAACCCCCCCCUGGACUUAUGGAGGAGUGAGAACCAGGAGGGACCUCGCACGAUGCGGAGACACCUCUCCACUCGUCACCCCUCUACACCCCCCCUCCCCCCCCUCCCCUCCAGGGACGAGUUCACUUGGAUGCUGAGAGCAGAAUAGACAGCUGGGAAAGGGAAGAAAAAAACAAUACAAAAAAAAAAAGAAAAUAGCUAAAGCAGACAUUUUUAUUUUGCAAUGCAAAAUUCCUCUGGCUUGAUACAAUCAGCGAUGUGUAGGAUCAUCAUUCGUGGGCCUCGGGAGAAAGCGCUGACAGCUCCUCUGUGGCGAACAGGAGGCACAGCUGAUAACAUUUCCCUCACGCUCCUCCUGCGCUACCGCCGCUGCCGCCAACGCCCGACGACGACAGUAAACAAACACGGCACUUGCGCUUUUCUCAUUUCCCACCGCUGCUGAGAUUGUGUGUGUGUGUGUGUGUGUGUGUGUGUGUGUGUGUGCGUGUGUGUGUGUGUGUGUGUAAGCAGAUGUCCUGUCCAACGUACCUGCCAUUCUCAUCACCGCGCAGCAAGCCUCCAGCUGUGAGAACACUGCAUCAGGCAGAUGAUAAUGAUGAUAAUGAAUCACACAACAGUCUGAGGGGGAAAUGUGUGUGUGUGUGUGUGUGUGUGGAGGGGGGUGUUAAUAGUGCUGUGAGCUUAUGUUGGGACCUUGACAGAGGGGGAGAGGGGCGAACGUGACAAACUGAUGUCUCACUCUCUCCACUCCCCUCUAAAGGGCUCCCUUCACUCACGGGGGCUGUGAGGCCAGAGGAAAAUUGUGUUAUCUGAAAAUGACUUUUAUUAAACAUAAUGUUACAUUUUGUUUUGUUACAUUUUGUUCCAGUGCAUAUCUGCUUUUCAUACACUUUGUAUUCACAAGAGCUAUUCUGACACUUGCAGCCAUUUGAAAGGUUGAUCUGGCGAUCUGCACCAGUUCAAACAGUAAAACAAAAAGUCCUUGAGUUGGGGUAUGUGUUCAGACUUUUUUUUUUUUUUUUUUCAGAUGUGCUCUUUACCAUCAGUGUUUUGUUUUUUAUACAUUGUUUUAUUAUUAUUUCUGGACAUCUUUUUAAAAAAAAAAAAAAAAAAAACAAUCCCACCCCUUUUUGUAGUGCCUUUAUGCACUUGUGUUGAGCUGCUUGGGCUUUUCUGGAAUGCGGCACAGCGCCUCAAAAGGCCGCAGCGAGAGCCUGUGGGGGAUGUACAGUAGCAUCCCCUUCUGAAGUCAUGUCAUAGGCCUUACAGAUUCCAUAGCAGAGCACUCUGUGAAGGAGAGAAGAGGGACACAGCCUCUCCCUCCUGUUUGGGUUAACAGACUGUAAGUUUCCCUGUUAUCCUUGAAGGGCCUCUCCCAUAGCGCCAUAGGUGACCGGAUUGCUGUAGCCACACUAGUGUGGGGAUUUCGACUGAAGCGACAGGGCAACAACAUGUCUACAGGCCCUUGCCUAAACUGAUGAUGCCAUCAUCAGAAGCUCGGUUGCGCUAUCCUCAUCAAGCUCUUAAUAGGGUUUUGAGGUCUUCUCUUCAUGCAGUAGCUAUCUAGCAGCAGCAUAUUCGCAGGCCUUCUAAAGAAAAGGCUCGUCUCUUUUAUUUGUUUUGUUUUUUUGUUUUUCCAGGAGUUCAACUUAAUCAGCCUUGGAGCAUCAGUGUUCUCUUAGAGCUACCUAAUUGCUGUAGACAUUUUCUGCUAGGGAUGUGUGACGUGUAUUUGUAUUUUUUGUGCUUUCGUGUGUCUGCGGCGGAGUGGGUGCGUGCGCGUGUUGGUGAGGAAUGCGUCUGACGGGCGCGUGAACAUGUGGAUAGGUGGUUGUCUUUGUUGUGUCAAUUCAAUGUGAUUAAAACAGUAGGGAAAGAGAGUGGUGUUUGCUGUCCUAUAUCCAUGCGGGUUCAUUUGUCUCCUAUGACGUGUGCGUGCGUGUGUGUGUGUUUGUUUGUCUGGGUGGGUUGGGAUUUGGUAAGGGACAGGGGUCUUGUUUUCAAAAAAGAAAAAAAGAAAGAAAUAAUGAAGAACACCCAGUCAUAUCAGUUGGGAUAAAUUACUCUUAUCAUCACAGCUGUGAAAAAAGAAUGUUUUCAAUAUUGAUGUCUCUGUUUCUAAGACUGCCUAGGUAGGAAGCCUCCCUGUGUUUUCUGAAAAACUCCUCCGGUCCUGCAAUCUCUUCCUUUCUCUCUCCUUCCCACCCAACUGUAUUUCCUCAUUCCCUUUGUCUCUAUUGUGAUGUAUUGGAUUGCCCCCUCACAAGGUUACCAUGGACCUCUGGUCAUGUCCUGCUAAAAGAACCUAUCCACAUUAGCAACAAGUCUAUUCUUACCUCUCAUGUCUGGCAUAUAUUGAUGGGAGGCUAUGAGGAUUCAUCUCCCAUGUGCCAGGGGCUGUGACUGUUCCUAAGGCUUUCACAUAACUUCAUAAUCAAUGGGGAGAGUCCUGACAACAGUGGACAAAGUGCUGUUUCAGUGGCACCCAACAACCUGCUCCCCUGGCUAAGAAGCACCAUACUCAUGUAUUAAGCUGUUUGGUGUUCAAGUCACUGGUGAAAAGCUAAAUGUCAGCUAGAUGUUCCUGAGUGCAAUAAUCUCCGAUGUCCCCAUUACCCACUUCACUUCUGUCUUUGACUCUUUGAACAUCCUCCCUUUAGUACGACCUCUACUAGUAAGACUGAAGACGUUAUGGUGGCCUUACAACUGGAGUGGUGUACGUAGUCAUUACCUUAUUCUCCGAACGACAUGGAUUCUAAUGCUUUGAUUUGUUCGCUUUAAGGUGUGGAACACAUUUAGGUGGAGGAAGAGGAGAGCCUGGAAUUGUGUGUGUGUGCGUGUGUGUAUGUGAGCACAUAUCUUUGUGUGCGUGUCCUUUUAAGAGGAAAAAAAUUAACACAAAAGGGAGAGAUUUUUUUUUUUGGAAUCCAUGGCUCCAUGGUCCAACAUUAUUGUGGUUUUGAAUUAGUUUUGUUUUCCUUUUCAUUUUGCCAAAAAAAGAAAAGUUAAAUGACAGGAAUGGUCUUGGGGGAGAGGGGGGAAGAAAUAGCCGCAGAGCACCUGCUCAUAGUCAGCUUAAUGGAGGGGAUGAGGGGGGUCAAAUCCCCCCCUCCCCCCCAUUUUUGCCUGCCCCUCUCCACCCUGUUGCCUUGUCUGUGUAGGUGCAUUUCUGUGGGCAACACACGUAUGUAUGUGAUUCUGUAGUCCUUAGUCUGGUGCCCUGUGACCAUGUCUGACAAAUGUGUAAAAGAAAAAAGCAGUAUAAAAGAUAAGAUUUCAACAUUAAGUGAGACAAAAAAAAAACAAAUAUAAGCAUACUAUAUAUAUAUAUAGGACUAAAGUACAUCUGAUAAUAAUCCUGAGUUUGAGGUCUGCUAUCCAGUGGGAGUUUUUUCUGUUUGUGCAUUGGUCAAUGUGUGGCCUCCUGCGACAGAUCCGUGUCGCUCCAUUAUUUUGUACAGAAGAAACUUAAAAAAAAAAAAAAAAGAAGAUGAGGGCAAAAUUUGUAAAAUAUUGUGUCUGUGACUCCUUGUAAAAUAUUUUCAAAUUGUUUAUU